CAACUGUCUUGAUAUAUAUGUGUGGUUUGUACAUUUUCUAGUUGACCCUUCGGAAUGUAGAAUUAUACAUUGAAAUAUGUCCCUUGUUAAGAUACAGAUCAUUACACUGCUGAAAAUGACGUUUAAAGGAUUUUUCACUGAAAGAGGAAUUUUUAUUUUCCUUUGUUUCUUAGAUUUAUUUAAAUAUUCCACAUCAUACAAUGUGAGUGAUGCAACUUAUCUUCACAAUCAGUUAUUCGAUCAGUCUGUUUACAAAACAUUGGUACUACCAGACUACCCUGUUAUUGUUAGUGUAGAAUAUAACAUGCUGACUGUUAAUUCAUUGGAUAUGAAGUCACAGACAUUGUCUACAUCCGGUUGGUUUACAGUGGUUUGGAAUGAUAGCCGAUUGGCCUGGAACAAAUCUUCCCAUGGAAAUAUUGAAAAUAUAUAUGUAUCCGAAGACUCAGUUUGGCACCCUAAACUGAUUGUGCAGAAUUCUAUUGAUGACUUGAGUAGUCUUGGCGAUGGUACAACAGUUCGUAUACGAAACGACGGAAAAAUACGAUGGGAGCUGCCCGCCAUUUUGUCUACGUCAUGUGACAUGGAUGUCACGAUCUUCCCAUUUGACAGUCAAAUAUGUGACAUAGAAUUAGCUAGCUGGGGUUUCCACACAGAUGCCGUCAACCUUACAUUCUUGAAAACGAAUUUAGAUUUGGAAGACUACAAUAUCAAUGGAGAAUGGAAUAUUGUAUCAACCUCCCAGCAUGCAUCUGAACUUACGGAAGAAGAUCUGGUCUAUUCGGAACUGUUUUUCCGAAUAGUGUUUGAGAGACUGCCUAAUUAUUACAUCAUGAGCGUUAUAAUUCCGGUUAUACUAACAGCUGUAUUAACAUCUGUAACUUUUAUAUUACCCGUAGAAUCUGGAGAGAAAGUCGGGUAUAUUCUGACAGUGUUACUUGCUCUGGCUGUUUUAUUGACAAUGUUUACAGACAGCAUGCCUACAACAUCAAAACAUACAUCAGUUCUAGUUGUUUUUCUAACAGUGACAGUAGGAUUGGCCUCGUUUGUGAUUAUCGUGACGAUUUUAAUAAUAAGACUCUAUCACGAACCAGAGAACUACAUUGCUCCGGACUGGAUGCAUUCUUUAGUGCGGAGAUUCAGAAAACCACAAAACAGCGGCGUAGAUAAAAAUCAAAUUGAUCAAACUGAGCUCACAGAAAAUAACAAACUGCAAGGAAGCGGCCAUCGAAGCUGUAAAGAAGUCAGUUUGGACAACAUCAAACCAACAUACACCAACAUUGAGUUAGCUUUAUUCUUUGAUAAUUUUCUGUUUAUUGUGUUCACGGUUUUAUAUGUUUUAAUAACCGUUUGUUUCGCUAUAACAUUAUGUGUUGCAGAAUAAUGGAGGCAAACAAAUGAAACAUAUGGGAAACUUUCAAAAAAUCGGAUAUCCAGUAAAAAAAAUUACCGGUUUUUACGUGUACUUAUAUAGUUAUUAAUCAAGCAAGUCGGUAUACAUCAUUUAAUAUGCACAGCGCAGGG